CCUCGUGAAGAAAAGCGGUAGAAAAUGAAUGAAUGAAUUAUUUGGCAUAUACAGUAUGUGCCAAUAGAUACAAUACCCAUCGAUAAAGCCUGAUUAUCUUAUGUAUAACACUCAUUAAACUUACUAGUUACUGUUAGUACUUGUAACUACUUACUUACUAGUUCAUAUACGCCAUACUGUGCGCUCUGUGUAAUUGUGAGUGUUAGGCACUAAUUAUUAUUCACGUACCCCCUAUGUACCCCACUUACCUAGGCUGUAGAAUAAUAGAAUAAAAGUUCCUGUAGAAUAAAUCUCUUCAGAUAAAACUCUUGCUAAGUACAUUGCGCCCCAUCUGAGAAAAUGUCAUAGUAGCCUACUACACAAUAAAAGCUCAAUAUAUUUUGAAAUUUUAAGCACCUGCAGUCACCUUUUCCAGAUAGAAAACAUACACAUAAUCCCUUAGUCCCACCAACACAUGGUCUGUACUUUACAUCCUUUCAGUGCUUCCCUUUACUUGCUUGUUUUUUUCAAUUAAGAUGAAUUAUAGAACUGCAUGGGAGGAACGGGGACAAGGAAAGCUUAUUGUGAUAUUACCCCAAGGCAUUCAGUCGAUGAGUUGGUGAGCGAAACAGAGUGUGCUGUGGAUAUUUUGGUCUCAGUGCUUCACACCCCUCAGACUCUUAAUGGACCACAUGAUAUGCAACUUUAGCCAGAGCCCGUGCAAGUGGGAGGCGAGAUGGAAAGUGGACAAGCAGGCAAAGAUUGGAAUUAUUGCUCAUAUGUGGUCACGGAGGAGAUAAAGGAGUUAGAUGGAGGAGACGUCGGGCUGUGUUUGUGCUAGCUGUUGGGGACUUAAAGAGAGCAGCGACUACAGUGAUGCCGAGGUCCUCCCAGACUCUUAUCCAUCAGCGCCAGCAGAACCCCUCCCAGAAUUCUUACUCGAACCAGAGGAUGCUUUUAUUGUGAAGAACAGGCCUGUUCAGCUUCGGUGCAGGGCGUCACCAGCUACUCAGAUCUACUUCAAGUGCAAUGGGGAGUGGGUCAAUCAAAAUGACCAUGUCACCAGAGAGAGCUUGGACCAGGUCACAGGUCUCGUGGUGAGGGAGGUGGACAUAUCGGUGUCGAGGACCCAAGUUGAGGAACUGUUCGGGUUGGAGGACUACUGGUGUCAAUGUGUAGCCUGGAGCUCAGCUGGAACCACCAAGAGCAACCGUGCCUACGUCCGCAUCGCAUACUUGAGGAAAAACUUUGAGCAGGAGCCACUUGGGCGGGAGGUGCGACUGGAGCAGGAGGUCCUCCUGCAGUGUCGCCCCCCGGAGGGCAUGCCUGCUGCUGAGGUGGACUGGCUGAAGAAUGAGGACACCAUUGACCCUUCACAGGACCCCAACUUUCUGAUCACCAUCGAUAAUGAUCUGAUAAUCAAACAGGCCAGACUCUCGGACACGGCCAACUAUACUUGCUUGGCUCGUAAUGUGGUGGCCAAACGACGAAGCAGCACAGCGACUGUCAUUGUUUAUGUGAGCGGCGGAUGGUCUUCUUGGACGGAAUGGUCUGAGUGUAACACAAAGUGUGGGCGGGGCUGGCAGCGACGAACACGUAGCUGCACUAACCCCGCCCCCCUCAAUGGCGGUGCCUUCUGUGAAGGCCCACCCUUCCAGAGAGUGACUUGCACCACAUUGUGCCCAGUGGAUGGAGGCUGGACAGAAUGGGCAAAGUGGUCCGCGUGUAGCACAGAGUGUACCCAUUGGCGAAGCCGCGAGUGCCAGGCCCCUGCACCCAGGAAUGGAGGGAAACAUUGCAGCGGGAGCAUGAUGGAGAGUAAAAACUGCACUGAUGGGCUAUGUGCACGUAAUAAAAAGGUUUCUAUUGAACAUGCAAGCCAUCCACCAGCGCCCGAUAUGGGUGUGGCAGUCUACGCCGGCCUAGUGGGGGCGCUGUUGCUGUGUGGGAUCCUGGUCCUGUGCGUGGGUAUCCUGGCAUACCGCCGCAGAUGCAGCCAUCUCCACGGCGACAUCACCGACUCUUCUUCUGCUCUCACCGCUGCCUUUCACCCUGGCAACUACAAGCCUCCCAGACAAGAUAACCCCCACCCUCUGCAUCCGUCCGCCCCUCCUGACCUGACGGCCACAGCGGGGGCUUUCCGCAGCCCUCUGUUCUCCUUGCAGCAAGGGGUCAACGACAGCCACAAAAUCCCCAUGACCACAUCCCCGCUGUUAGACCCCUUGCCCACUCUCAAAAUCAAGGUGUACAACUCGUCCACUCUUUCAUCACUGGAGAUCCCCGCCGACAUGUGCUCAGCAGAUGGCGAGAUCCUCAGCUUAAAGUCUGUGGGCAGCAACGUGGGGAGGGAGCGACAGUUCCACAGUCACACUUUGUCCAGAGAGCCUGGCCUGAGCACCAGUGCCACUUUGGGCCACCUGGGGGGGCGUCUCACCAUCCCCAACACAGGUGUGAGUCUGCUGGUCCCGCCUGGCACCAUCCCCCAAGGGAAGUUCUAUGAGAUGUACCUCAUCAUCAGCAAAUGGGAAAAAACCACGUUGCCGUCUGAGGGCAGUCAGACUGUGCUGAGCCCUGCAGUGAGCUGUGGUCCAUCUGCUUUGCUGCUCAAUCGCCCUGUUGUCCUUACCUUGCCCCACUGUGCCCAGCUAGACACACCAACCCCUGACUGGACACUCACGCUGAAGACGCAGACCCAUCAAGGAGCAUGGGAGGAGGUGCUCACAGUGGGAGAGGAAAGUUUGUCCUCUCCUUGCUACUUGCAGCUGGAAGAGGAGUGUUGUCAUGUUCUUAUGGAGCAGCUGGGCACGUAUGGCCUGGUGGGUCAAUCCUGCCCUCCACAGCCCGCCUGCAAGCGCCUUCAGCUGGCUUUGUUUGCACCCAGAGCACCCUGCCUCUCCCUGGACUACAGCCUGCGUAUUUACUGCAUCCAUGACACGCCUCAUGCACUUAAGGAGGUACUGGAUUUAGAGAGAAGUCUAGGGGGAGUCUUGCUGGAGGAUCCCAAACCACUACUGUUUAAAGAUAGCUACCACAACUUACGUCUGUCCAUCCACGACAUCCCUCACACUCACUGGAGAAGCAAACUACUGGCCAAGUACCAGGAGAUCCCGUUCUAUCACAUCUGGAGUGGCAGUCAGAGACCUCUGCAUUGCACCUUCAGCCUGGAGAGAAGCAGCCUGGUCGUGUCACAGCUUUCCUGUAAAAUCUGCGUGCGACAAGUGGAAGGGGAAGGACAAAUCUUCCAGCUGCACACAGACAUCCAGGAGACACUCCCACCGCACUCUCCCCUCCCCUCCGCAGGCUCCUGUCUGCCCUCUUCUCAAGUAGGACCAUAUGCCUUCCGCCUGCCUGAGUCCAUCCGCCAGAAGAUCUGCGCCAGUUUGGACGCACCCAGCGCCCGAGGGUGUGACUGGAGACUACUAGCACGCAGUUUAGGCUUCGACAGGUAUUUGAACUACUUUGCAACAAAGCCCAGCCCCACAGGUGUCCUCCUGGACUUGUGGGAAGCUUGUCACCAAGGUGACGCAGACCUGGUCUCUCUGGCGACGGCGUUGGAAGAGAUGGGAAAAAGCGAAGUGCUAGUUGUCAUGACGACAGAUGGGGAUUGUUGAUUGGUGGAGGAAGAAGACGGGCAAACAGGAAUGACGAUAACACACCUGCCUAUGAAUACCUACUAAGUACACGCGGAUGGCGCUUUAGUUGCUCUCGGACUUGUACUCUUAUUACCUCUUUUUCACUUCCCCUUCACCCGUUUUCAGAACUUAACAAAGCAGUUUUUUUUUCUUCUUACCAAGUCAGCAAGUGACCAUGUCGAUGUACAGAAAAGCUGUUUUCCCGGAUAGAAAACAAACAAAAAAAAAAGAAUGUAUGCACAAAGCAACAAACAGGAAAACGUGGGAUUACUGGUGUUUGAGCGGCAGCAUGGAAGCGCAUGAUUGAACGCCAUCUCACCUCGGGGGGCCAGUCGCCUUUUUUUUUUUGUUGUUUUCGUCCCCAAUGCAAAUCUCCAUUGUCGUCGUGGGCGGAAUCAACCUGCGGCUGCAGACGCACUCAAAAGACACGGAUAAAGUGGUCAUUAAUCGGCUCGGAUUUGCCGCUGCAGACGAAUCAAAACGAGGAUGGAUGUGUGAGAGAAAGCCUCCAUGCUUAUCUCUCAAAAGUCCAACCAACGACUCUUUCUAUUGUACUAACAAAAAAUGCCUCAAAGCCUCUGCAUAUAUUCAUCAUUGCAAUUUACAAGGGGGGGGGGCACGCUGUAAUCUCCUUUAUGCCGCACUCCCAUCUACUCUCAUAACAAAUUGCAAGAGUUUUCUGGUCAUUCUUUCAAAGUUUCCAACAGGGAACGCUCUUUUAAGUUAUUAUCCAUAUUGUGAAUUGUUUGUCAUUGCUGUCCUCUUUAAAGCAAGUAAUGGCGUACGUUCAACAACACAGCAAGCAGUCGCUGUUUUCUACUUUUAUGUGUUUGCAUAAAUCACGAUGAUUAGCUACGCUUUGCAAGAAACAAGGCUGCAAAAGCGUAUAACUUUUACCUCAACCUCAAAAUAUUUCAAUCAAGUCAUUGUAGCUUCAUGAAGUCUUUCCAUUUCCCUUGUUUGUGUUUUCCUAAUCUGCCUGCUUUGUGGUCAGGAUUCCUCAAGCUAUUUUUUCGUCAGCAGUGUUAGCAAGGAGGACAAAGAACACACUCAAAGUCUUCAUAUGUUUGAAAUCCCAAAACCAAAACAAUGGCAGUAUCACUCCUCUUCAGCAGCGAGUCAUGUUGCUGCUUUGUGUGAAUGAACUGGAAAUGUAAUGUGUGUGUGUGUGUGUGUGUGUUGACAUGCCAACUUUAGUAUGUGGAUUUUUUGGCUGUUCCACAUUAGAAAAAAAGCUUGCAUUACCCCAUUAGAUUGAGUGUGUGUGUGUGUGUGUGUGUGUGUGCAUCUUGGUAAGUGCUCUAUGCAAGUGCAAAAGAGAAGAAAAGCAUUUGGACUUCUUUUGCUUUCCUGGAAGAGUAAUUCUAUUUUUUCAAAUACAAGCAUAAAAGACAGGGUUUUUGAUUUUAUAUCAAACAAAAACAAGAAUGCUUAACUUUUUUUCUGGAUGGAUGACUAUUUAAAAAAAAAAAAAAAAAAAAGAAAGCAUAAUAGGGUAUAAGUGUUGUACCUUGUGAAGUUCUCAACACCAGUUCAGUACAAUGCAGGAAUGGAAGUGUAACCAGUAUUUAUUAUUGGAUUGUUCAAUGUAGCUUUGGUGUGGUUUUGCUGCAGGUGGAAGUCCGGAACUUGCUCCCCUUCAAAAGAAGUAAGCCUUUCUUUAAAUAAAAAAAAAUCAUAAUUUUUACAAAAAAUUGUAAGAAAAGCAAAUGUUAUUUCAGUGACAUUUUAUCUCUCUGUAAAGUACCAAUUGUAAAUAAACAGCUAGCCUUCUUACCUGUAACUAAAUAUAAUUUUUAUGCAAUAAAUUAUAUUUCUUAGUUUAAAAAAAAUGAUUGUGUGGUUUGUCAUUUAGAAAAGGGCUCACUCCAUUUGUGCAGUUGUUUUAUGGUUCGAACACGCCAAGGAAAAGACACAUAUGAA